AUGCAAUAAUUUUAAGUAUCAAAAACAAGACAUAUUGAUAUCAAAUAUUAAUAAUAACAAUUAGCAAGUCCUAGUUAAUAAUAAUAAUAAUAUUAAGUACGAUCACCAUUUCAUAAUAUUGAAAACAAAGGUUUUAUCCAAAAUAUAUCCUCAGACUAAGAAAUUAACAAUAAACCUAUUUAGACUAUAAAAUAAUUAACAUAAACACCAAAUGCUUCUGAAUAUAAAAUUUAAUUUAAAGUAGGUGGAGUAAAGUAAUAGUAAUAAUAAGUUGAAACAAAUACUAUGAUUUCUUAAAUAAUACCUUUUGUUCCUAUGAGUCCAUAAUAACGUCGUGAAAAUGUUUAGAUCUUCUAAUCUCCAUAAAAUUAAAUAUGUUAUCAAUAGUAAUAAUUGUAAUUUUAAUCUCCUAAUAGAGAGUAUAACCAAACAAACUAAUUUUAUUCUCAAACAUUUAUUUAAUUAUCUAUAUCUUAACCUUAUUAAAAUAAUUAGAAUUCUUUAAAACUAAUAAACUUCACCAAUACUUUCAAUCUCCAAGAAGAAUUAAAAGCAUUAUAAUUGUAAAAUACAACCAUAACUUAAGAAAUCUAAAAAUUAGAAUCUUAAGCUUUUAGAGGCCAAUCCACUCAUUUUAUUAAAGAACUUGAAGAUAAGAUAACUAUGUUGUCAUAAAUGAAUAAGAAACUAUAAAUAGAUAAUCGUGAAUUAAUAAAUGUCUAAGAUGUAUAAGUUUUGAGAGAUCUCAUUUUAAAAUAUUAAAAUGAUAGAAAAAUGGCUUAUAAUUAAUUAGUUGCAGUAAAGAAUGAAAUUUAGAAUUAUAGAAUAAAGUAAGAAGAGUUAAAGGAAAAGCUAAAAAAUGAAGAGUCUACAUAGUUAAAUAAUUUAAUUUAGGAAUUUGAGAAUAAGGUAUAAACAUUAAUUUUAGAGAAUGAUAGAAUAAAUUUAUAAUUAAAAAAUGGUGAAAACAUUUUGAGUUUAGUAUUGAAAUAGAAGAAGGAGAAUGAAUAAUUAAAGCAAAAGUUAGUUAAAUUAAAAAAAGAUGAAGAAAUUGCUUAAAAAAAAUAUUCUAAGGCAGAAGUGAAAACUAAUCUUUUAGAAGAUUGCUUAGAAAAAUUAGAUUUGUUGUAAGAUGAGAAUAGGCGUCUACAAUAAAUGAUUAAGGAUUCUGAAAUGACUUAGGUGGAUUUAGAUAGUUUAUUAGAGAAGGUAUGAUAAAAAAGUAAUUUUAGAUAUAAAUAAUUCGGUUGGAUAAUGAAAGAAUGAUGAGAGUAUUAUGUUUUAGAUGA